AUGACAGCAAAGAAGGAUCAGAUUCUGCAGAAUGAAAGUACCAAGGAGAACGUGCUGCAGAGGGUCUUGCAGCUGCCGGUGGUGAGCUCGACCUGCGAAAGCCUCCAGAGGACCUACGCCAGCACCAAGGAGGCCCACCCACUCAUGGCCUCGGUGUGUGAGGUCUAUGAGCGGGGUGUCCAGGGUGCCAGUGCCUUGGCCAUGCGGAGCGUGGAGCCCGUGGUGCGCAGGCUGGAGCCUCAGUUCGCUGUGGCUAAUGACCUGGCCUGCCGGGGCUUGGACCACCUGGAGGAGAAGAUCCCUGCCCUCCAGUACCCUGUUGACAAGCUCGCAUCUGAACUGAAGGACACCAUCUCUUCCCCACUCCAAAGUGCCAAAAGCACCAUUGGCAACUCCGUGGAUAAGAUCAAGGAGCUGGCAGCAGAGGGCUACGAGGCCACCAAGAGCACGGUGGAAACGACAGCAAAGUACACGAGGAGGAACUCGGUGACCCAGAUGGCAGCCGCAGGCGUCGACACAGCCCUGGGAGGGCUGGAGAAGCUGGUGGAGUACCUGCUGCCAGAGGAGGAUGAAGAAACAGAUCAGAAGCCCAAAGAGAAACGUGGGUCAGUAGUAAAAGUCUCCCAGCAGCAGCCCAGCUCUCCCAGCACUGACAGUGCUCCCAGCACCCUGGACCGGAUUGGCACCUUGGUUAGCACCGCCUCCCACCGCGCUUACUACCAAACCACUCAGAGCCUCCAGCGCGCCAAAGCCAAAGGGCAGGCGCUGGUCAUCUGCAUCCCCAUCCUGGGCAGCCUGGCCAAGCCCAGUACACCCGAGGAGCAGCAGGACCACAGCGAUGGGCAGAGCACCACGGCUGGCUGGCUGAGCCGGCGGCAGAGCAAGGUGCCAGAGCAACAGCAGGAGAAGGCAGAGAAGAAAGAUGACAACCACACCAAGGAG